AUGGCGAUAUAUCGGGUAUUUUCGGACACGGACGGCGAGAGCCACAUCGAGGACCUGAAACUGGAGGAGCAUCCGGAACUGGGGGCGCUGAUCAAUUUGUCCGAGGUGCGGGUGCAGGAGUUUGACGGGUCACGUCACAUGGACUUUCAUCCCCUGCCCGAGCGCCGUCUGAUCAUCCAUCUGUCCGGUGAAGUGGAGAUCGGGGCCAGCGACGGCGCGAAACGGGUGCUCCGAGCCGGCGAUAUUCGGCUGAUGGAGGACACCACCGGCAAGGGCCAUUCGCACAACGACCUGACCCCAUCGGCCGCGGUCUACAUCCUGCUGACCGACUGA